CUCCCGGCGCCCGCUUCACGGAUUCCUUUGUCUCCCGGUCUCUGUCUUCGGCUCCAACGUCGCGGUAAAUGCUCACACCCGUCCUGGCCCUGCCGCCAGGGGCCCAGCCGUCUUGAAGGAAACCCAGCACACUGCACAGCAGCACACUCCACAGCGGCACACCCCGCGUACCCCGAGAGGCCGCGUGGGAACCGAGUGGGCGCGGCGAGCGUCACCGCGCAGGCGCCAAUCUCACCUUCAGACACUGCAACUCCCAGAAGGCCGUGCAGCAGCCUCGGCGCUGCUGAGCCAGGAGCUGCUCCCGCUCGGGCAGGGCUCGGGAGCGCUCGCCGCAUUGCAUUGUGGAAUACAUAGUGCAACAGAAAACUCUCUGGCACAAACUCCCAACCGAACUCACGUGUUUACCUGGUGCACUGCCCUGGGCGGUCCGGAUGGGCCAUCAAUGAAGAGGAGCUACAGGGUGACGUCAUAAAGCCGCGACCAGACGGGCGGCGCCAUCUUCGAACUUGGACUUCCGGAAGGACUUUGGUGAGGGGGCAACCAUUUUAGGGGGUGCUGAUGGAUACCUGCGGGGUCGGCUAUGUCGCCCUGGGGGAGGCCGGCCCCGUGGGGAACGUGACUGUAGUGGACUCUCCUGGACCAGAGGUGCUAAAUCAGCUUGAUGUCAGGACCACUGCAGAAACAGCCAGUACAGAGGCUUCCACAGAGAUGUCCUUGCCUACCUCUUUGUCUGGAUUUGAGGGCUCUCUUGAUGAGAAAAAGCUCCUUCCAGAACAGGAAAGCCUGUCCAGACUGGAACAGCAAGAUCUUUCUUCGGAGAUGUCAAAGGUCUCAAAGCCUCGGGCCUCCAAGCCUGGCCGGAAGAGAGGGGGUAGGACACGGAAAGGCCCCAAAAGGCCCCAACAACCUAAUCCUCCACCAGCCCCUCUGGCUCCAGGUCACUUAGAUCAAUCCAGCCCUCUGCCCACCCCCAUGCCCAAGAAACGAGGUCGAAAGACCAAGGCAGAGCUGCUGCUGCUGAAGCUGUCCAAAGGCCUAGACCAGCCAGAGUCUCCAGCUCCAAAGAGGCCCCCUGAGGACUUUGAGACCCCACCUGGGCAACGACCCCGCCGAAGGGCUGCCCAAGUGGCACUCCUGUAUCUUCAGGAACUGGCUGAAGAGCUCUCAACAGCCCUGCCUGCUCCAGUGUCCUGUCCCGAGAGCCCCAAGGUGAGCAGCCCCACCAAACCAAAGAAGAUCCGGCAACAGCCAGUCUGUCAAGGUGGAGAAGAAGAGGACGACACCGCACGAGAUGAAGACUUUGUUCUCAAGGUUGAGGCUGAAGAUGGAGAAGAAAGUGAGGUCCCAAGUGAGAGCUCAUCUGACCCGGAGCCUGCUGUGCCCCGAAGCACCCCACGAGGAUCCACUUCAGGGAAGCAGAAGCUGCACUGCCGGGGCAUGGCUCCCAAUGGCUUAUCCAAUCACAUCAUGGCUCCUGUCUGGAAGUGCCUCCAUCUCACCAAGGACCUCCGAGAACAGAAGCAUUCAUACUGGGAGUUUGCAGAAUGGAUUCCUUUAGCCUGGAAGUGGCACUUGUUAUCUGAACUUGAGGCAGCUCCCUACCUGCCCCAGGAGGAGAAGUCUCCACUGUUUUCUGUACAACGUGAAGGACUUCCUGAAGAUGGCACACUCUACCGCAUAAACAGAUUUAGCUCGAUCACAGCACACCCAGAGCGCUGGGAUGUGUCCUUCUUCACAGGGGGACCGCUCUGGGCUCUGGACUGGUGCCCAGUGCCAGAGGGGGCAGCAGCCUCGCAGUAUGUGGCCCUUUUCUCCAGCCCAGACAUGAAUGAGACACAUUCACUGAGCCAACUUCAUUCAGGUCCUGGGCUACUCCAGCUCUGGGGCCUUGGGACCUUGCAGCAAGAAAGCUGUCCUGGCAACAGGGCUCACUUCGUCUAUGGGAUUGCUUGUGACCACGGCUGCAUCUGGGACCUCAAGUUCUGCCCCAGUGGAGCAUGGGAACUUCCAGGCACCCCUCGGAAGGCUCCUCUCCUGCCUCGGCUGGGUCUCUUGGCUCUUGCUUGCUCAGAUGGGAAGGUGCUGCUGUUCAGUCUACCCCAUCCUGAGGCCCUGCUGGCACAGCAGCCCCCAGAUGCAAUGAAACCCGCCAUCUAUAAGGUGAGUGAGGAACCUGCUGCCUUACCCAAGGCUCCAUCUUGUAGAGCCUCCCUUACUGAUUCCAUAGUUCAAUGUGUGGCAACCCUUCAGGUGGGGUCUGUGCAGGUAUCAGACCCCUCUGAGUGUGGUCAGUGCCUUAGCCUGGCCUGGAUGCCCACCCGGCCCCACCACCACCUGGCUGCUGGAUACUACAACGGCAUGGUGGUUUUCUGGAACCUUCCCACUAACUCGCCCCUGCAGCGGAUUCGGCUCUCUGAUGGCUCUUUGAAGCUCUACCCCUUCCAGGGUUUCCUAGCCCAUGACCAGGCUGUGCGUACCCUUCAGUGGUGCAAAGCCAACAGUCAUUUCAUAGUGUCUGCAGGGAGCGACCGGAAAAUCAAAUUCUGGGACCUUCGACGACCUUAUGAACCAAUAAAUGCUAUCAAGCGCUUCUUGAGUACAGAGCUGGCCUGGCUGCUCCCCUACAAUGGUGUCACUGUGGCGCAGGACAACUGCUAUGCCUCUUAUGGACUCUGUGGAAUUCAUUAUAUUGAUGCUGGUUACCUUGGUUUCAAGGCCUACUUCACUGCUCCUCGAAAAGGCACUGUCUGGAGUCUUUCAGGAUCCGACUGGCUUGGGACAAUAGCUGCAGGAGAUACAUCCGGGGAGCUCAUUGCAGCUAUUUUGCCUGAUAUGGCACUGAACCCAAUAACUGUCAAGCGACCUGUAGAGCGAAGAUUUCCUAUAUAUAAAGCAGAUCUGAUGCCGUAUCAGGAUAGUCCUGAAGGUCAAGACCACUCUUCUGCUGCAUCUGGAGCCCUCAACCCACCCAAGGCUCGAACUUAUGCUGAAACCGUCAACCAUCAUUACUUGCUCUUUCAAGACACAGAUUUGGGUUCGUUCCAUGAUCUGCUCCGUAGAGAACCAGUGCUGCGGAUGCAGGAGGGAGAGGGGCAGGCUCAGCUCUGUCUGGACAGGCUGCAGCUGGAGGCUAUUCAUAAAGUACGUUUCAGCCCAAACCUGGACUCCUAUGGAUGGCUCGUAUCUGGGGGGCAGUCAGGGCUGGUUCGGAUCCAUUUUGUGCGUGGACUCACCUCCCCAUUGGGCCACCGUAUGCAGCUUGAAAGCCGAGCCCACUUCAAUGCUGUGUUCCAAUCGUCCUCCCCUACUAAAGGGCCUGGCUUCUCUUCAACCAGCCAUCGCCUUCUGCCCCAUCCCUAGUCGUGGUCCACACAAGACCCUUGAAUGAAGUCUGCCAAGAACAAAUGGCCCCAGGCAUAGACCAUAGAAACUGGGCCUUCUUGGACAGUGAUGCUGCCAGGCCUGGACCUUUAGACCUGCCUCCCAGGAUUCCUUAGAUACCUCUCCUUUCAUUGACUUCAGCUAUCAUCAUGGCCCCUGUGGGCAGGGAGGCUUGCCCUCCACAAACUCUCAAGGCUCCUUAGCCUAAAACUGGCUCACAAGAAACACUCAGGCCUGAUCUAGGCUUGGGAGUCAAAUUGCUCAUAUUGAGCAUAUUGUGAAGUGGGUAAAGCUAAGUAAAGGUACUGGGUGUUUUUGAGACCACAUGUGAGUGGGUGUUUGGAAAACUGGAAAGAGUAUCUGCAGGAAGGCUUCUGUCUGACUAUAUCCCAGGAUCCAGUAUUACUGCCCUGCCAGCUUCCUGUUUAGAGUAACCAACAUGCAAGCCCAUGGGGGCGGGGGUAGCAAGUUGUUGGACUGAAGCUGCUUAUAGUGGUUCUUUAACUGAGGAACACCACACACCACCAAGAGGAUGGUGGUUCAGAUCUUACUUGCUCCUGCUUAGGAAAUAUACCUGAUCACUGGUCAUCUGACCCUACUUGAACACUCCUAGACAGUCAUGUUUUAAAACAUCUUCCUUUAUAUCCAGUCAGAGUAUACCUCUAUAGAUUUUACCAUUGGUAUUAGGAAUUCUAGCAAUUCCCACCUGUGAUUGCCCUUUUAAGUGUUUAAAAUAGCUAUCAGAUGUUUCCCAAGUCUUUCCUUCUCUAGAUUAAAUAUCUCAGUUACCUUAACCAUUCUUUUACACGUUAUGAUUUUUGACCCUUCAUGAUACUGUCACAUUAAACAUGUUUAACUACUUUAUUUCAACCCUAUAUAUAGAUGUUUAGAACCCAAAUACAGUAAGUCCACACUUAUUAUCAAUAGCUUGUGUGACAUUUUUUUUUUAAUGUCUUGAUUUUUAGAGAUAGGGAGGGAGAGAGAAAGAGAGAAUCGAUUUUUUUUGUUUUGUUCCAUUCAUUCAUUCACUCAUUGGUUGCUUCUUUUAUGUGCCCUGAUUGGAGAUCAAACCCGCAAUCUUGGUGUAUUGGGACGAUGCUCUAACCAACGGAGCUACCCAACCAGGGCAAGGUUCUGUGACUUUAAACAACAUAUAAGGAAACCAACUUUAUUAUAGGUGAAUUGAUAUAAACAAGAUUUAAGUUCCUAUGGCAUCUCAUUAUAAUGAAAUGAUGUUAUUUGAGGACCUGCUGUAUUGUUACAGCUCAUCUUGUUAACACCCUUUUGUGGGGUGCUGCAGGCUCAUGACUGCAAUACUGCUUCCUAAGCUAGGACAUACCCAGCAAUGAGAAAGAGGCAAAUCAUAGUUUUGGAAUGUAUAAGAGUACAAUCUGAGGUUUGGGGUAAGUAGAUGACUUCAACUAUUCUAGAGAAAAAUACACAGCCAGCUGCUAUUUGAAGGGAGUAGAAAUAAGUUUAGUGCCUACCUGGAACAAAGCCCUCUGGCACUCUAGACUGAUUGGCCAGAUAUCUGGGAAUAGCUUUCUGCCUCUUAAGUGUAAGGAAUUUAUCAAAUGUCAGAAAACCUUUAAGAAAGGAAUCAAGUGCUUCAAUUUCCUUCCUGUACAGAAGAGGAAACAGACCUGGAGGCAACCCAGACCAUUAGUAGCAGAGGAACCACAGCCCACGUCAGUGCAAAAGAGCCAAGUAUUGCACCAUCCUAUUGUGAUCCAGCUCAGGUUGUGCCAGUUCUCUUUUUGAGCUGAUUGAAAAGGAAUUGCCUUUCACUGCAGAGAAAUUCCCACAUCUUACACAGCAGUCCCUGGACACUGCAUUAUUGAAAUCCCCCUUUCAGUGGCAAAAAGGAUGGGACCUGGGGACCCAUGCUAUUGAGGCUGUAGGUGGGUGCUGGCAACCCUGCUGCUGAGUGUCAGCCCGUCUUGACCUCCAGAAGAAAAUCAGAAAGACGUUUUCAGCCUUGCUUUCUCUAACAUAAACCCCUUUCUCUCCACGCCACUCCCUUUCUAACCUUCCCUCCCAAUAUAUCCACUUUAUAUUAUUCAUAGGUUUCUGCACUUCUCCUUGUGGCUGUUCUCACACUAGUCCCUCCUCUGGGAGUGUCCUUUUCUAGCCUCUCCACCUAAGCACUCUUCAAGAUCCCAGCUCAAAUUCUACCUUCACUAAGGGGCUUCCCAGAUUUCUCCAGUAAAAAUUAUUCCGUGUGUCCCCAAGAGGGAAGAAAAGGAGGAGGAUAAACAAGUGUUUAUUAAGCA